GGCAAAGAAAGAGAAUCCACACUCUUCUUUCUCCUUUAUCUGAUCCCUUCGUCGUACCGACCCUUCCUCAGGAAACAUGUCCACGAACCCUCAUCUGACCAUGGACCCCAAAAAGAUGGGGCUCGGACGCUCCAUUGCUGUGCUGACGUCAGGAGGAGACGCCCAAGGAAUGAACGCUGCCGUGAGAGCCACAGUGAGAGUUGGUCUCUACACCGGAGCUAAAGUGUACUUUGUUCACGAGGGCUACCAGGGCCUGGUGGACGGAGGGGACAACAUCCGCCUCGCCACAUGGGAGAGUGUGUCCAUGAUGCUUCAGCUGGGAGGCACUGUUAUCGGCAGUGCCCGCUCCAAGGACUUCAUGACCAGGGAGGGUCGUAUGAAGGCAGCCCAGAACCUGGUGAAGCUGGGCAUCACCAACCUGUGUGUGAUCGGAGGCGACGGCAGCCUGACAGGAGCCAACGAUUUCAGGACUGAGUGGACCGGGCUGCUGCUCGACCUGGUCGAAGCCGGUACUAUUACGGAAACAGAAGCCAAGAAAUCUACCCACCUGAAUAUCGUUGGCAUGGUCGGCUCCAUCGACAAUGACUUCUGCGGCACUGACAUGACCAUCGGCACCGACUCCGCCCUGCACCGCAUCAUGGAGGUGGUGGACUCCAUCACCACCACAGCACAGAGCCACCAGAGGACGUUCAUCCUGGAAGUGAUGGGCAGACACUGUGGGUACCUGGCUCUGGUGACCGCUUUGGCCUGCGGUGCAGACUGGGUGUUCAUCCCUGAGAUGCCCCCAGCUGACGACUGGGAGGACCACCUGUGCAGGAGGCUGAUGGAUCAAAGGGGCCGAGGCUCUCGUCUGAAUGUGAUCAUCGUGGCUGAGGGAGCAGUGUCCAGUGAUGGUAGCCCGAUUACAUCUGACCUGAUCAAAAAGCUGGUGACUGACAGGCUCGGCUUCGAUACUCGCACCACUGUUCUCGGACACGUACAGAGAGGAGGCACGCCCUCCGCCUUCGACAGGGUCCUUGGCAGCAGGAUGGGUGUGGAGGCCGUGAUGGCGCUGCUGGAGGCCACUCCAGAGACGCCCGCCUGUGUUGUCAGCCUGUCCGGAAACCAGGCCGUCAGACUGCCGCUCAUGGAGUGUGUGCAGCUGACCAAAGAUGUGACUGCUGCCAUGGCUGAGGGCCGAUAUGAGGAUGCUAUCAAGCUCAGGGGAAAGAGUUUCGAGAACAACUGGAACACAUACAAACUUUUGGCUCACAUCAACCCUCCAGAUGUCAAGAGCAACAUCAAUGUGGCCAUCGUGAACGUUGGCGCCCCCUGUGCUGGCAUGAACGCCGCAGUCCGUGCAGCAGUCAGAAUGGGCAUCAUCCAGGGUCACAACAUGCUGGCGGUCCAUGACGGCUUUGACGGUCUGGCUGACGGACAGAUUGAGCCCAUCAACUGGACCUCAGUGAGUGGCUGGAUUGGAAAGGGGGGCUCAAUGCUGGGCACCAAGAGAUCCUUGCCAUCCAAGAAUAUGGAGAAAAUCAGCCAGAACAUUGCCAAGUUCAACAUCCACGCUUUGGUGAUCAUUGGUGGAUUUGAGGCAUACAUGGGAGGCCUGGAGCUGGUUCAGGCCAGAGAGAAUUUCGAGGAGAUGUGCAUUCCGAUGGUCGUCAUCCCCGCCACCGUCUCCAACAACGUCCCAGGCUCUGACUUCAGCAUUGGCGCUGACACUGCCCUCAACGCCAUCACCUUGACCUGUGACAGGAUCAAGCAGUCUGCAGCAGGGACCAAGCGCCGCGUCUUCCUCGUUGAGACUGCGGGUGGAUACUGCGGCUACUUGGCCACGAUGGCUGGUCUGGCUGCUGGAGCCGACGCGGCCUACAUCUUUGAGGAAAAGUUCAACAUUAAGGACCUGGAGAUGAAUGUCGAUCAUCUCGUGCAGAAGAUGAAGACAACAGUGAAGAGAGGUUUGGUUCUCAGGAAUGAGAACUCCAAUGCCAACUACACCACUGACUUCAUCUUCAACCUGUACUCAGAGGAGGGCAAAGGCAUCUUCGACUGCCGCAAGAACGUUCUGGGACACAUGCAGCAGGGUGGCACCCCAACACCCUUCGACAGGAACUUUGGCACCAAAAUGGGCGCUAAGUCUGUCCUGUGGCUGACUGAGAAACUGAAGAUCUGCUACAGGCAUGGUCGCAUCUUCGCCAACACGCCCGACUCCGCCUGUGUGCUGGGCAUGAAGAAGAGAUCACUCACCUUCCAGCCCGUCACCGCCCUGAAGGAAGACACCGAUUUCGAGCACCGCAUCCCGAAGACACAGUGGUGGCUGAAGAUUAGGCCCAUCAUGAAGAUCCUGGCCCAUUACGACAUCAAGCUCGACACGUCUGAGCAUGCAGAUAUGGAGCAUGUACUUAAGAAGUCUUACUGAGGAGUAGACUCUCGUGGAGCACCGGGACAGAGCCUUGUUAAACACCUUUCUACCUGUCUCUUAACAUGAGCUGCUGUCUUACUCUUUCUUACCCUGAAUGUGCGCUUGCUCACUUAAUCUAGUGUUUUGUGGCAAUUCCAGCUCUUAAUGUGGAUCAAUUUUGCAAAUUAAAGAUGUCAUUCAAACAUA